AUGCCAGUAUGUCAAUAUCAGAACCAAUGUCGUCACACUCUUACUAACAUCAAAGUCCAAAAAUUGUACCCAUUGAAGCUUGCUGACAAGUCAUGGGAUAACACUGGAUUGCUCUUGGAUUCAUCAGCCGAGUGCAACGAAACCGAUGCUUGCAACAUUCUCUUGACGAUUGACCUCACUCAAUCCGUCGCUGAUGAAGCCAUUAAGAAGAGAUCCAACUUGAUUCUUGCUUAUCAUCCAUUUAUCUUCAGAGGCUUGAAGCUGAUUACAUCCAAAGAUCCACAGCAGAGGUCUUUGAUCAAGCUCAUCCAAAACAACAUUAGUGUUUAUAGUCCACACACUGCUAUCGACAGUGCAAAAGGAGGAGUCAACGAUUUUUUGGCUGAUGGCAUCACCAAGGUGUACCCAGAAGCUCAGAGGGAAGUGAUCCAACCAGACGCAGAGGAAGAAGGCUGUGGAAUGGGACGUUUGGUUACGCUCAAGGAGCCUGUGCCGCUUUCGAAGUUGGUGGACAACAUCAAGCAGACACUCGGACUCAGCAGUGUCCAAGUUGGACUUGGAAGAAACGAAGGUAAGGAACAGGCCGUAAGCUCCAUUGCAAUCUGUGCUGGAUCUGGCGGAGGAGUUUUCCGUGGAGUAGAUGCUGACUUGUACUAUACUGGAGAGUUGUCGCAUCAUGAGGCGUUGUUCUUCACCGAGUCUGGAUCGUCGGUGAUUGCUUGUAACCAUUCCAAUACCGAGAGAGCGUUUUUGAAGGAGUUGAGAGAACAAUUACUUCGGGAGCUUCCAGACGCAGAGAUUUCCAUUAGUGAGAGUGACAAGGAUCCAUAUGAGACAUGGUAG